UCGGCCGGCUUAGCCUGCGCUGGGCAGCCGCGCUCGCUGCCGGCUCCGCAGGCUGCCCGCAGGGCCCGACCGCUUCGCCCGUGGCCAGGGCGGAGGCAGGCACCGAUCUCGGCUUGGCGGCCCGCGCGACUUUCGGAACAUGGCAACCCGUGUGUGGCUCAUCCUGGACGAAGACCUUAGCCAUUGUGAAGCCUGAGAAUCCAGUGAGUGUGAAGUUUCUCCAGGUACUUCAUGGUGUUCUCCUCUGUCCUCUCCGCACCACUGCUCCACACGGCUCCUGAACCAUGGGGGAAAACGAGGAUGAGAAGCAGGCCCAGGCAGGACAGGUUUUUGAGAACUUUGUCCAGGCGUCCACGUGCAAAGGUACCCUCCAGGCCUUCAACAUCCUCACACGACACCUGGACCUAGACCCUCUGGACCACAGAAACUUUUAUUCCAAGCUCAAGUCCAAGGUGACCACCUGGAAGGCCAAAGCCCUGUGGUACAAAUUGGACAAGCGUGGCUCCCACAAAGAGUAUAAGCGAGGGAAGUCGUGCAUGAACACCAAGUGUCUCAUCGUCGGGGGAGGACCGUGCGGCUUGCGCACUGCCAUUGAACUUGCCUACUUGGGAGCCAAGGUCGUCGUGGUGGAGAAGAGGGACACCUUCUCCCGGAACAACGUGCUGCACCUCUGGCCUUUCACUAUCCAUGACCUGCGGGGCCUGGGAGCCAAGAAGUUCUAUGGGAAGUUCUGUGCUGGCUCUAUCGACCACAUCAGUAUUCGCCAACUGCAGCUCAUCCUAUUCAAGGUGGCGCUGAUGCUGGGUGUUGAAAUCCACGUGAAUGUGGAGUUUGUGAAGGUUCUAGAGCCUCCUGAAGAUCAAGAAAAUCAAAAAAUCGGCUGGCGGGCAGAAUUCCUCCCUGCAGACCAUUCUCUGUCGGAGUUCGAGUUUGAUGUCAUCAUUGGUGCCGACGGCCGCAGGAACACCCUGGAAGGGUUCAGAAGAAAAGAAUUCCGUGGGAAGCUGGCUAUCGCGAUCACCGCCAACUUCAUAAACAGAAACAGCACGGCCGAGGCCAAGGUGGAGGAGAUUAGCGGCGUGGCUUUCAUCUUCAAUCAGAAGUUUUUCCAGGACCUCAAAGAAGAAACAGGGAUUGAUCUAGAGAACAUUGUUUACUACAAGGACUGCACCCACUACUUUGUCAUGACAGCCAAGAAGCAGAGCCUGCUCGACAAAGGUGUCAUCAUUAACGACUACAUCGACACAGAGAUGCUGCUGUGUGCGGAGAACGUGAACCAAGACAACCUGCUCUCCUAUGCCCGGGAAGCUGCAGACUUUGCCACUAACUACCAGCUGCCAUCCUUAGACUUUGCCAUGAACCACUAUGGGCAGCCUGACGUGGCCAUGUUUGACUUCACCUCCAUGUACGCCUCGGAGAAUGCAGCCCUGGUGCGGGAGCGGCAGGCACACCGGCUGCUCGUGGCCCUCGUGGGUGACAGCUUACUCGAGCCAUUUUGGCCCAUGGGCACAGGCUGUGCCCGUGGCUUCCUGGCAGCCUUUGACACGGCGUGGAUGGUGAAGAGCUGGAACCAGGGCACCCCUCCCCUGGAGCUGCUGGCUGAAAGAGAAAGUCUUUACCGGCUGUUACCUCAGACAACCCCAGAGAACAUCAACAAGAACUUUGAGCAGUACACGCUGGAUCCAGGGACGCGCUACCCAAACCUCAACUCAAACUGUGUCAGGCCCCACCAGGUGAAGCACUUGUACAUCACGAAGGAGCUGGACCACUACCCUCUCGAGAGCCUGGGCUCAGUGAGGAGACCCGUCAGCCUCUCCAGGAAGGAGUCUGACAUCCGGCCCAGCAAGCUCUUAACCUGGUGCCAGCAGCAGACCGAGGGCUACCAGCACGUCAACGUCACCGAUCUGACCACAUCCUGGCGCAGCGGCCUGGCCCUGUGCGCCAUCAUCCACCACUUCCGGCCUGAGCUGAUCAACUUUGACUCUUUGAAUGAAGAUGACGCUGUGGAGAACAACCAGCUGGCUUUUGAUGUGGCCGAGCGUGAGUUUGGGAUCCCUCCGGUGACCACGGGCAAAGAGAUGGCAUCAGCACAGGAGCCAGACAAGCUCAGCAUGGUCAUGUACCUCUCCAAGUUCUACGAGCUCUUCCGGGGCACCCCACUGAGGCCCAUGGAUUCUUGGCGCAAAAAUUAUGGAGACAAUGCUGACCUUGGCUUGGCCAAAUCAUCCAUUUCUAAUAACUAUCUCAACCUCACGUUUCCAAGGAAGAGGACUCCACGAGUGGAUGGCCAAACCGAAGAGAAUGACAUGAACAAACGGAGGCGGAAAGGCUUCAAUAACCUGGACGAGCCUUCAACCUUUUCCAGCCGUAGCUUGGGCUCCAAUCAAGAGUGCAGCAGCAGUAAAGAAGGUGGAAAUCAGAACAAAGUCAAGUCCAUGGCAAACCAACUGCUGGCCAAGUUUGAGGAGAACUCUCGGAACCCCUCGCUCCUGAAGCAGCUGACAGUAGGGAAAGUGUCCAGCGGCAUAGGGGCUGCAGCUGAAGUCCUGGUCAAUCUGUACAUGAAUGAUCACAGACCUAAGACCCAGGCCACCUCUCCAGACCUGGAAUCUAUGCGGAAGCCGUCAUUCCCCCUGAACCUGGGUGGCAGCAACACCUGUUACUUCUGCAAGAAGCGUGUGUACGUGAUGGAGCGGCUGAGCGCCGAGGGCCACUUCUUCCACCGCGAGUGUUUCCGCUGCAGCGUCUGCGCCACCACCCUGCGCCUGGCUGCCUAUGCCUUCGACUGUGACGAAGGCAAGUUUUACUGCAAGCCUCACUUCAUUCACUGUAAAACCGGCAGCAAACAACGGAAGAGACGGGCAGAGUUGAAGCAGCAGAGAGAGGAGGAGGGGACGUGGCAAGAGCAGGAAGCCCCUCGACGAGACACUCCCUCGGAAAGUUCUUGCGCCGUGGCCGCCAUCAGCACGCCGGAAGGCAGCCCCCCAGGUAUCUCCACCUCCUCCUUUAGGAAGGCGCUGAGCUGGUCUCUCAGGCUGCCCAGGGCCCUGCUCGACCUUCCCGGGAGCCUACUUAACUGGAUGCGGGGAGUGCUGCGAGCCGCCGGCCUCCAUUUCAGGGACAAUGCCUCCAACUACUGCUACACCUACGAGCUGCUGAGCCUCGGGCUGCCACUCCUCUGGGCCUUCUCUGAGGUCCUGGCAGCCAUGUACAGGGAGUCCGAGGAGUCCCUCGAGACCAUCCGCACCUGGGUGCUCAGGUGCCUCCCGGUCAAGCUUCGGUGAAGCACCGGCUGCCCCCAAGUGCCUUAACGUUUCCAGAGUUAGUCGGCAACGUGUCUGUCGUUCGCCAAGGCUCUGGCCACGAGGCCUAGCGUUCUUUAACCAAAUAGCUCAAAGCCAAAGCGUGUCACGUUGGCCACCUCCAUCUGGCCUUGUCAGGGUGAACAUCGACUCACGGUGCUAGGGCCAGGGACAACAUGAAGGAUGUUUUUUAUAGCUUUGUACUUUUUUAUACCAAAGCGAGCCAUAUUUCUGGGUUUACAUUUCAAUUUUUAACUUCUGAUAAGCCAAGAGAAAACUUUUUUGUCUAUGAGCGUCAAUUUUUCUAAACACAAGUUUGCAGUUUAUAGCUGGUGUCACACAAACCCACCAACAUUACAGUGUGUUGUAAUAGCCACUGCCUGCAAAGUUAACGAUGGGGAUUUUAUAGACACGAAAGUGAGUGUGCCGUCUCCUCACCAGUGCCUUUCUACUUAUGUACCCGGAUGUCACUGGUCAACAGCAGGCAAUUUCUUGCAACAUGGAAGUCUAAUUAUUUUAGAAGAAAAGCGUUGAGAACAAAAUAGAAUUAAACCUACAAAAGCACAUAGCAUAUGUAGUUGGCUGUUGUCUGUCCUCCCAGAGGGAGGAGGACUGUUUUGUUCCCUUGUUUUGACAUAAAAUAGUAGGUUGAAGGCUUUAUCCCCCAUACCAAAUCACAGCCAAAUGACACAGAACCACGAGUUUCAACCAGAUUGCCACAAACAUACGUUUUCCCUUCCCACUAAUGGGCACUGCAGAGGAAGCCUGUUGGAUUUGACCGUAGAGAGCUCCGUCAAGCUGAUGCAAUGCUGAAGACGAGAUAUUUCAGCUGGUGGCAUUUUAACGCCCAGAGCUGUCCCUACUGGGUCCCCCAGCCCAGGCUGCAGGCUGAGCCAAGGCCAGUCAGGGUGCAUGGGGGUCAGGCUGAGUGGAGUGGAAGACUCUGCCCUCUCACGUGGUGUCCUUUGAGAUUGAGGGCACUGCUAGCACAUCAGGCUAUUGCAGGGAAAUGUGGCCUGUCCACUGAGCAUUGCCUGUGGAUAUCCUGGCUGCUUAGCGGCUCCCCGGCCAGGCGCACGUGGUCAGAACAGUCAGAAACCACUUUCUCGCUGCCCUGGCAAAGGAAUGUGUCCGACCUCCACGAGGAAGCUCUACUGUAUCUUGACUGGCAGGGAAGGCUGGGAGUCAAAGCUGUUUAUUGACUGACCCAAAGGAAGUUUGCCCUAGUAAGGGCAUAAACGAGCAUCAGGCCUGCCUACAUUCUCCACCCUGAAUAGGGAGAGCCCUUGGCUUGUCCCCACGCCACUCUGCCUGGACAUGCACAGCUGCAGGGUCUGGUUGAACAAUCAGGGGACUGAGAGAGAAAGGCCUUCUAUGGCGCUCAGUGUAUCCGGAUUCGCUGGGCCUGAGAUAGCUCUACGCUGUUGUUAUCACUGGAGAUUCUUCUAGAUUAACUGAGGAGGGGCCUCGUGUGGGUUAGGAGCCAGAGCUCUCGACAGCUUUGAGAUGACAGGUUUCUAUAGAGUGGGAAGAAAGGGUGGUGAGUUUCUACAAACACUUCUCUGAAAUCCUUGAGAAAAACAGGGGAAUGGCCUUGGCCAAGUCUGUGGGAACCGGCGCCUCCAUCCUUGUUGGAACUGUUCUCAGUCCGAUGACUCGCACUGUGUUUUUUCCAAUUUUUGCUGGGAUUUUAAUGUUCAGUGUGCUAGGCGGAGCCCUUGAUUCCUUUUGUGUUUGAUUAUAGAGAGUAAAUUCUCGAGGUGAUGAUGUGAACAGCCAUGUUAUUGUCAUCAUAAUCAGCUCAGGGUCAGCUGAGAUGUUGUGUGGAAUGUUCUAUGAAGGCAGAGUUGGAAUCUCUAAGAAUGUCAUGUAUGGCCAUAAGGAGACUGGUUUGAGUCACUCUGGUGAGACGGGGUGUGCCUAGCAGAAGUCUGAGAUUUUUGUAAAAUAUGUUCUGAGACCUCGAACCUUCCUGGUGGAUGGUACCAAUAUGCGUGGGUGGAUCCCAGAGGGAGAUGCCUCUAGGCCUCCAUGGCAUAUUUGAGAGUGAGUAGGAGACACUGGAGGACAAGGGGGGCAGAGGGGGAGGUCCCGAGGGCAUUUGUAGCUCUAAUUGGAGUGCAGGGUGGUGUUGGCAGUGCGCAAACUGCAUGUGUCCCCCCCUGUAAUUAAGUAACUGGUCACUACCAGAAAGGUUCAUCUCUCUUAAGCAAGCAGUGACUUGUUUGUGGUAGGUUCCCCUUUUUGUAACGAUUGCCUUAUUUUCAACUCCGAUGCCUUCUCGCAUUGUCAUUCGUUUUCCUUUUGUCCCUCACUAAGUUCUCUUUUCUGUCUUUCUCUCUCUUUCCAAACUUACACUGUGGCCGUCAGUGCAUUUCAGCCUUCCAGUGCUACACCCACUUCUUGGCUGACACACUUCUGCUCUGAGGUGACUGGUUUUCUUCCAAUUUCCAGAGAGUGGUACUAACCCCUAACCCGCUUUUCGCACCCCGUCUUCCCCGCCGGUGGUGCUGGUUGCGCUAACUGUGAGUGUCUGGCAUCCUAACGGACUCAUUCAGUGGCAUGGUCGGUUAACAACGAGGGGUGGUGUUCAGCUUGAGAGCCGUGUUCUGCCUGCCCUUCCCCUGGAGCCGGCAGUCUGGUCCACACCAAGUGCAUGCCCCGCCUCUCCUCUGUCCCCUGGGCCGGCCUGCCUGCAUGCUUUUCCAGAUGUGCCUGCAAAGCCACUUACCUUCUUGGGAGGGUCAACCCUGACGGUGAGACAGUACCAUAGGGAGGGAUCUGUCCCAUUGGAAAAGAACACUUCUGUCUAGUAGUCUCUGAAAAAGCUCAUGCAUACCAGCAUCUUCUUAAAUUGGUUCUAAUAUAAAGAUUAAUAAUGUCAUUGAUCAAAACCCAUAGGUGGUUCUUUCUGGAGGGGUUUUAAAAAAACGUUUACUCCCGGGCUUCAUCCCAAGCCUGACCCGUGCUCUGUACUUUGAACACAUAAUCGCAAUAACUCCAGUAACUCCUCUUUCUGUUGCAACCUGCACUAUAGAUCUGAAGGUUUUGCUGUGGCUUUUCUUAUCUCCCUUGGCUCAUAAAGCCCCAAAUGAUUCAGGAGCUUCAAACAGAGCAAUCAGCACCCCAGACAUGGGUGUCUUUGAGAAAUGACUCAGUUCAGCCUCAAGGCCUGGAGCCACCAGUUUAAAGGCCCCUGUGGCUCUGCUUAAAACACACAUUCUGCUGACUCAUUUACCUGGAGCAGCAGGACAGUCAACAUGCUCUUAAAGAGAAACCACUCGCCCAGCACAGUGGAGCUGUGGUCGGCCAGGAGGCCUUGCGGUCUCAGGUCCUGCAUGUGGUCCCGAGCCAUCCUGCCCCCCAGCCUGUCUGCCCGGUGCUGCAUGCUGCACCCCUCGCUGCGUCCAUGCAGAUCCUGGCCAGUACGAAGUCGUUGCUCUUGUCUUAUCUUCUCUUGCAGAGCCUCCCUCCCUUUCUAGAAUGUCAACCAAAGAGUGGCCUCCUCCCCUCUCAGCCUCCUCUCUAGCUAGGCUCCCAAUCUCAUCACAACGCAUGUCUGUGACCUUUGGUGAUCAUUCACAGUGCCACACGAAACCCUGUAUUUUGCACACAGCAAAACAAUGUUUAGCUUUAUUUAUGGUAUUUGAUGCUGUAAAUGGAAAUAAAUAUGGUUCUUUAUAAAGCUCA